AAACAAGAAGAGAAGAAAAAGAAAGAAGCUGCACAGAAAAAGUGAAGCUGAGGCUUAUCCCAUCUGGUGAAAGGCAGGGUAUAACCUCGACAGAUCGCCAGGCCAUUGCAGGGUUUUAGAAAAACAUCCAUGCAUGCACGCAGCCUCUCUCCUAAGACCACAGAACAGAUAACCAAAGUGCCAGACUCUGCCAGGCUCGACCCCACCCCUCCUCUUCUCCCCGCCAACCCCGGUGCCAUCCCACCUGUACCCCAAAGCAGUGGAAAUGGGAAGCGCGCCCCCUCCGGAUGCCAGCCGCAGACAGCACAGCAGCCGCAGACUUUGCUCCAGCAGCAGCAGCAGCAGCAGCAGCAGCAGCAGCAGCGCUACCUGCCCAGAGAGGUGCCACCGCGCUUCCGCCAGCAGGAGCAGAAGCAGCUGUUGAAGAGGGGCCAGCCUCUGCCUCCCGGGACCCUGCCUCUCCUUACCACGGGAUAUCCCGACACUAGUGAAUCUGCAGCAUCAACCGUAGCCAUAAACCCCUCUUCGUCCUGUACCUCUUCCUCCUCAGCCAGCUUGCCCACAGUACUGCCCCCGCAUAGUGGCCAAGGAACCCAGUAUGAUAACCCCCCCUGGGGACACCUGCCAGCCAACAGAAGUGCCACAAGUGCUGCAUCUUCCACCAGUCCCAGUGGCUGGGAUCAACUGAUAAUUGACCAGAAGGACUCAGAGGCUUGGCCUUCUAUUACUCUCAGUCAGAGCCAGGCUUCUCCAGCAGGAUGCCCUUUGGACACUGACCCUGGUCACCUGACCACCAGCAGCAGUAGUUCAAGCAGUAGUUGUAGUGCAGUGAGUAUGGCCACGGGAGCCAAUAGUCAGACAGGCCACUUCCCUGCCAACCACCUUAACAGCAAAGCCAACAGUGGGCCUAGCCCUGUCAAUCAUACUGGAACCAGCAUGCUCUCUAGCCAGGUUGCAACCAAUCGCAGUUGGGGAUCUGGGCCAGGACCUUCUCAUUGCCCCCCUCAGUCCUCAGUGGGUAAUGAAGGGAAGUGCGAUAGCCCAGUAGGAGGGGGCAGCAGGGGCUGGGGUUCCUCUUCAUCGUCCUCCACCACCAACUUUAACUUGAACCUAAACCCUAAUGCCAACCCAUCUGCAUGGCCCGUGUUGGGGCAUGAUGGAGGAGGCACAGGGGGAGGCAGCUCAGGUGGAGCCAACACCAUUUCAUCUCCUCAACCCACACCUAAUCUCUGUAACCCUCCUGGUCCCCCACCAGCCCAAACCAGUGCCUGUUCUGGAGCCAACAAUAACGGCAAGUCUUCUGGGAUUGGCAGCGCAUGGGGUACCAUAAUGACUUCUGACGAGUCACACCUCACUCCAUCCACGAAUGUGUCUUUCAGUUCUGAACCUCAAAACCUUAAAACUGAUGGACCAAAUCAGACUAAAAAACAAGAACCUCCUAGCCCGAUCCAAAACUUGUCUGGUUGGGGCAGCUCACCUGUAGGCUUGGGUUCUAUGGGGCAGCCUCAACCAGGGGGUUCACAGGUCAACGGAGAAGAAGGGAACUCUUUGUGGGGUAAUGGUGGCAAUUCAAAGCCAACUUCGUCAAAGGAAGGAUCUGGCUGGGAUUCCGCUUGGGGCAAUGUGGGAGGUGGAACUGUAAAGUCUGGAGGCUGGAGUGAACAGUCCAGUGGAGACUGGGGGAAACAGCAUAGCGAAGAGGCCCAGGGAGGCUGGGAUACGCCCAGCUCUCCUCCCCAGGAUUCACAAGCCAAUACUUGGAGCAGAGCUGUGAGCACAGCUGGUGCCAGUGAAGGGAGCAGUGACAGCAUGGAAGGAUAUCCCCAACAGAGAGAUCGCCCAACCAGAGAGAAAACAGUUCCUCUGAUGCCUGCCCAGGAUCUGGACCCCAGGGUGCUGUGCAACACUGGCUGGGGUCAGACUCCUGUUCGCCAGCACACAACCUGGGACAUGGAUGAUUCUAAACGCAAGAAUGACGCUGGCACUGAUUCAUGGGGUUCUGGGCCUACAGCCCCAAGCAAUGUCCAGGGACCCUCAAACACUAACACGGGCCCCGCUCCGAGGUCUGACUCUGGCAACAAAAAUGAUGUGCCUGGUUCACAGGGACCUUCUGGUUGGGGUGGAAGCAUGGCUGCUUCACAUGCGCCCAGUUCCGGUUGGGGAGACACACCCACCAACGUAAAGCACCCAGUAGGGCCUAGUGGAUGGGGUAACCCUCCAGCAGGAGCCCCUUCCAACAGCAUACCCAAGAACGGGGCUCAAUCUUGGGGGGAGGAGAAAUCAUCUGGCUGGGAUGAUUCACAAGGCAAGUCAACAUCCCAGAGCUGGGGAGAGCAACCCAAACCAUCCAACUCCUGGGGCAGCAGUGGAGGAAGCAAUAACACUGGCGACUGGGGAGAACCAGAAGAGAGUAAAAAGAGCUCCUCUGGCCCUGACUGGAAAGGAGAAUCAGGAAACUGGAAGGAGAACAAACGAGAUUGGGGAAUGUCUUCCUCAGGACAUGGAGGUUCUGGAGCUGGAAACAGUGGAGGCUGGGGUGACUCCGCACCUCAGCGCCCAUGUGGUCCCCCUCAAGGCUGGAUGGGCAAGCCUCAGGAUGGGCCCAGCAGUAAUAGCGGAGGAGGGACUAUGGGCUCUUGGGGUGGCCCCGGCUCUGUGAAACAGGGUGCGUCCUGGGGCGGUGGCAAGAAAGAACCCUCAAAUGAGGCGACAGGCUGGGAAGAGCCCUCUCCGCCUUCUAUCCGUCGCAAGAUGGAGAUAGAUGACGGGACCUCUGCCUGGGGCGACCCCGGUACCUACAAUAAAGCAGUCAACCUGUGGGACAGGAACAACCCAGGGGUGGUCCAGGCUAAAGUUACCACAGGAGGUAGUAACCCUCCAGGUCCUAGCAAUAACCAUCCCCACGCUCACAGUCACUCCUAUCAUGGGCCGCCUGCACCUUUACAGAACCAUAGCCAAAAUGCUCAAAACCCAGGCCCUGCCAGCGGGGCCGUAGAUCCUUCAGUGCAACACCAGUCUGGAACGUCUCACAUCAGGGGUCCUCUGAUAGCUCAAGGUUGGGGAGAGCUUCCCAGCUCCCACACAAAAUCUGAGAGCUCUUGGGGAGAGCCGGCACCCUCUCCAGUCAGCGUGGAUAAUGGCACAUCUGCUUGGGGCAAACCGAGCGGAGGCGCCGGAGGCUGGGGAGAUGGCAACCCAGACAACUACGGCAGGAGCAACCCAGCGAUGACGGCAGCGCCUGUCAAACCUGCCUCCAAACCUAUGCAAGAUGGAUGGGGAGGAGGAGGUGAAGAGCUCAGCCUUUCAGGGGGUCAGUGGGACUCUGAGGAGGGAGACAUGUGGAACAGCACAGCCUCCCAGGAGAGCAACUCUUCCUGUAACUCCUGGGGCAACGCGUCCAAAAAAGUCCCACAGAAAGUAAAGAUCCCAGGGAAACAGGAAGAUGCCUGGAUCAUGAAACAGCUCAUCAAACAGCUCACAGACAUGGGCUUCCCUAGGGAUCCAGCAGAGGAAGCUUUGAAGAGCAACAAUAUGAACUUGGAUCAGGCCAUGAGUGCCCUGCUGGAGAAGAAGACUGAGCUUGACAAGCGUGGGAUCGGGACCGGCGGCCACGACUACAACAACGGGCUCAUCAACAAGCCCAUGAGUUGCCCUCGGCCUCCGCUUCUCUCCAAAGACCCCUCGACAGACCCUCGCCUGCCCUUCAUUGACAAGCAGAUGCAGAGUGGAAUGUUUGGUGGUGGUGGAGCAGCACAAACCCGGGCCAUGCAGCAGCCGCAGCCGCCUCCUCAGCCACCAGUGCCGCCUCUCAGCUCCUCUCAGCCUAGUCUACGUGCGCAAGUGCCUCAGUUUCUCUCCCCUCAGGUUCAAGCACAGCUCUUACAGUUUGCAGCAAAAAACAUUGGUCUGAAUCCUGCACUUUUAACCUCACCAAUAAACCCUCAACAUAUGACCCUUCUGAAUCAACUUUACCAGCUGCAACUGGCAUACCAGCGUUUACAAAUUCAACAGCAAAUGUUGCAGGCACAGCGCAAUGUUUCUGGCCCCAUUCGACAACAAGAGCAGCAAGUUGCACGUACAAUCAAUAACAUGCAGCAGCAGAUCCAACAACACCAGCGUCAGCUGGCCCAGGCUCUGCUAAUGAAACAGCAGCAACAGCAGCAGCCGUCCCACUCUGGCCUGCAUCCUGGUGGGGCCAAAUCCUCCCUGGAUUCAUAUCCAGGUCACCCCCAGACUCCGGUCCUACCCGACCUGCAGACCAAAGAGCCGCAGUCAUCUCCCAGCACCUACAGCCCCUACGCUCUCUCUGGACUGAAUCCAAACAUGAAUCCAAACUGUAUCGACGUGGGAAGCCUUCCUAUGAAGGACCCACCGCUACCGCAGUCCCGGCUGUCACAGUGGACACACCCAAACUCCAUUGAAAGCCUUUCUGGAAACUCGUCUCCUCUCGAGCCCAACCUGGGAAAACAUGGAGCCAACCUCGGCCCACCUGGAAAGCCUCCUCAGAUAGACGACUCCUACAACCCCUACAACUUGAUAUCAAGUUCAGAGUCUCCGACCAGCCCCUUGGUUCCUCCGGAGAGCUGGGGUCAGGGCAAGAACAGCAGCGACAAGAUGGCCAACGGGACCAAUAUCAACUGGCCUCCAGAGUUUUGUCCUGGCGUGCCCUGGAAGGGUCUGCAGAACAUCGACCCUGAGACCGACCCCAACGUGACUCCAGGCAGCGUCCCCAGCGGACCUACGAUCAACACCAACAUCCAAGAUGUCAACCGCUACCUGCUCCGGGACAGAAGUGGAGGCUCCUCUCCCACCUCAUCUCAGAGCGAGGCUCUGCCUCCGUCCACCGAUUGGCCAGUCAGUGCCUACUCUAGCUCGUUCAGUCUUUCUUCCACGGAGAUGGACGACGCAGGCAAACUGUCAGAGAUGAAAUCGACCUGGUCUCCAGGUCCCAUCUCUCACAGCCAGGCGUCUCUGUCCCACGAGCUUUGGAAAGUCCCCCAGGGUCCGCGGAGCAGCACCACGGCUCCUUCCCGCCCCCCGCCCGGCCUCACGAACACGAAGCCCUCCUCCACCUGGGGCGGGAACUCUCUGGGUCUGGCCCAAGGAUGGAGCAGCUCUUACACCACAGCAGGUACCACAUGGAGCACAGACAGCUCCACCAGGACCAGCAGCUGGCUGGUUCUGAGGAACCUGACGCCACAGAUUGACGGUUCCACUCUGCGUACGCUGUGCAUGCAGCACGGCCCCCUCAUCACAUUCCACCUCAACCUGACACAGGGAAACGCCGUGGUUCGCUACAGCUCCAAGGACGAAGCCGCCAAAGCUCAGAAGUCUCUGCACAUGUGUGUGCUGGGGAACACCACCAUCCUAGCAGAGUUCGCCGGGGAAGAGGAGGUGAACCGCUUCUUUGCACAGGGCCAGUCGCUCAGCGGGACGACCAGCUGGCAGGCCACCCCGGGAACCAAUCAGACCAGGAUGGGCGGAUCCGGAUCCGGAGUCGCUCAUCCCAUCGGUCACUCACCCCACUGGAACAACAACAACAACAGCGGCAGUGGCGGCGGCGGCGGCAGCAGCGUCGGCCUCGGAGCGGGCGGGACUAAAACGGGCGGGGAGUUGCUUUGGGGAGGCGUUCAGCAGUAUUCCAGCCUGUGGGGACCCCCGAGCGGCGAGGAGGGACGAGUCAUGGGGAGCCCCACGCCAAUCAAUACGCUGCUGCCUGGCGACCUGCUGAGUGGAGAGUCCAUGUAGGAGGGGGAAAAAACUGACAAAGAGGAGCAAAAACCUUGCAAAUCAGUGUGGAGAUAAUCAAGUGUGGAUGUGAAGACGAGGAGGAGAGAGACGAGAGGAGGACAAGGCUUCAUAUUCGCUGCUUGGCUUUGUCCGCCUCCUCUGCUCUUUUUUUUUUUUUUUUUUUUGCGCGGGUUAAAAGGCAUUUCAGUCGCAGUUAUUUUGUGGUGAGUUUCGGAUCCCGGCGUUUCAUUUAUCAAAGAACUAAGGAAAAAAAAACAAAAACGUUUUACAGAAACAAGCGGGGGGGAGGGGGGUCGCUGUUCUAAACAAACUCGAGUCAACUGACAUGGCGACAAGCUGCCAUCUUUAUUCUGGUGGGAUCCCUCGCUGCCUUUUCAGGCAAUCAUAAUGCACCUCAGAGAUCCAUGGAGAAAGGCAUCAUUCCCAAAGUUCUAACAAAAACCCGUCAAUCAGAGUGGGUGUCGCACGGUCAGCCGGUCCAGACCCAACAGCAUUUGUUUCUGUCAGCACUAAUUUUAGCCUUAAACUGUUUCCUGCCCUGCUAUCCACGCUCAACUCUUUACUCGGUAAAGAAGCUUACGGAGAACUUGCACACCCUUAUUUCUGAGCCAGUGAAACCUGAGUGGAAAGUACAUGCUGCUGCAGCUCACGACGUCAGUGCAUUUGAGUUUUUAUUGUUUUUUUUCUCCCGCAGUCGGAUCGAGUCCCCACCCCCCCUCCACUCCCCAACAAACACAUCGCUCAAAGGGAAUGAUGCAACUUUGUUCGCCUUGCUCAAACCAUUUAUUUUUCUAGUAUUUUUUGAUGAUUUGUUUUCUUGAACCAUUGCAAACAAAGCUUAAAAAAAAUGAUGUUAUUCAAAUGUGUCUGUCGACCGUACCUGGUGGGUGGAUGUACAUAUGAUGAGAUGAACCACUGCUAAUACAAAGGAACUGUAAAAAAAAAAAGACAAACACGAUGAUGCACCUCAGCCUUUCUAUGGGCUCCUUUAUGUUUUUUUUUUUUUUUUUUGCAGUUUGUCUCAACCUGUCUCAGUGACAUUUUGGGAGAAAUUAAAGAAAAAAAA